ACGACGACGACCAACCACCACACAACGCAGCACUGGCGACACGAGCAGCGCUGAAGCGUACUAAUUCAUCCUGCGCAUCGUCCCCCGGCAAGCGAGUACGCCAGGAGGACAUGAAGCAGGGACAGAACGGCCAUGCGCCCAAGCAGGACGAAGAAAUCACGCGCCUCAUGAUUCAAGCGCUCGGUGAUAUGGGCUACACGGGUGUGAUGCAUGCGCUGAGUGAUGCAUCUGGCGUACGUGUUGAGAGUCCCGUUGUUCUAGCAUUUCGACAAGCGAUGCUCUCUGGUAGCUGGCAAGAAGCGCUCGUAUCGCUGCAGCAGCUUGAACUUGCAGACGCAGCGCAUCACAAGGCAGUCUUGUUUCUGAUCUAUGAACAGCAGUUCCUGGAGCAGCUCGAGCAAGGCUUCUCAUCACAAGCGCUACAGACGCUGCGGCUCCAACUGACGCCGCUAAAGCACGAUCGUGCACGCCUUCAUUUCCUUUCAUCGUUGCUCAUGACGGCGCCUACAGAGUUGUGUACGAAGGCAAGCUGGUCAGGCAGUAGUGGCGACUCGCGUGCAGCGCUCCUUCGCAAAGUAUCGCGGUACAUUGCACCAGGCAGUAUGAUGCCUGAACGACGCCUUCAGCAGCUCCUUGCAGGUGAACGACAACGGCAGGCGCGCGCGUGUCAUUACCAUACAGGUGUUCGACCGGUUUCAUUACUGGCGGCUGAGCACACAUGUGAUCGUGAAACAUUCCCACUGGUUGCAACACACAUCUUGGCAGAUCACAUGGAUGAAGUAUGGCAUGUCCAGUAUUCGCCGCGUGGACGGUAUCUAGCGAGUGCGUCUCGGGAUGGACAAGUCAUCUUGUAUGAGACGGCCGGGUACAAGAUCAAGACACGGUUACAGUCUCGAACGCUGCAGGUGGGUCAAACUUCAGGUGUGUCGCACUUGGCCUUUUCAGCGGAUGAGGAGAUGCUGCUGAGUUGCCAGCAGGACAAUACGCUGUGUAUAUGGGAUCUCAAGACUGGCUUGCUCCUCAAUCAACUCUCCCAUCUACACAAGGAGCCGCCGAGUGCUGCUGUUUUUGUACCGGACAGCAGUGGGCGAUUUCUGAGUGGUGGUCUCGACAAGCGGAUUUACUUGUUUAGUGCGGCAGGUGAAGUCCUCGAGAGUCUCGAGACGGGUCGGAUCUAUGAUUUGCAGUGCACGCCUGAUGCGCAGUACUUUGCAACGAUUGAUACCAAUGCACAUCUGAGCGUGUAUGCACUCGAAGGUAUGAAGCGUGUGGCACAGCUGGAUAUGGGCGAGGAACUGACGAGCCUUGCAGUGAGCAAGGAUGGUUCGCGUCUUCUCGUGAAUGUCAAACCCAUGCCCACGGGAACAGCCAUGCUGCAUGAGUUUUCCAUACCGUCACUCAAACGACUGCGUACGCUCUACGAGGGACCUAUGCAAAGUCAAUUUGUGGUACGAGCAGGGUAUGGCGGUGAGGAUGAGCAAUUUGUGCUGAGUGGCAGUGAAGAUGGGAGGAUCUAUGUCUGGCAUCGUGAGUCUGGUACGUUGUUGGAGCAACUCGAGGAACAUACACAGUGUGCUGGGAGCGUUUGCUGGCGACCCGGUGCACAGGCUGAGUGGGCGAGUGGCAGCGAUGAUGGGACGGUGAGGAUCUGGCAGACACGGUCACCGGAGUAGCUCAGUAGCAGGAUGAUAGAGUAUGAUGAUUGACCACAAAGCAAAAG